GUUAAAUUAUAAUAUUUAGUAUGUUUUUUAAGAAGUUUUGUAUUAUUAUUUUGUGUUUGACAAACGUAAUUUCCAAAAAGCAUAUUUUUUUUCAACAAGAUUGUUUCCAACCGCCUGAAGAGGGAUUCCCGUGCAAAGGAUAUUUUGAAGUAUGGACGUGGGACUAUAGAUACAAGGAUUGCGUUCCACAGACAUACGGUGGAUGCAAUCCAUCCAAAAAUAAUUUUCAUACCAAAGAAAAAUGCCUAAAAGUGGCCAAGCCAAUAUGCAGUAUUAAAUCCAUGCCGAUGAAAGCACUGCUGCAACCAUUUCAAAAUUACCCCAUAAUCUAUUUCACCAAUAAUAAUGAUUAUAUCAAUUAAUAAUCGAGUAGCUAUAAUAUGAAUGUCAAGC